CACUGAGCUAGCGCCAAGUUUUAACAAAUAGAUUUCAUAUAUUUAUCUCGUCUUUACUGCUGGAUUAUGGGACGAAAUAACUCCGUUACUCUUGCCGAGAGGUUCUUGUGACGUUUUUAACGUGCCAGGCCGCGUUAUGAAGCGUUUUGACGAAUGAUGAAUAAUUAUACUUUCAUCAGGGUCGUUGGCAAAGGGAGCUAUGGGGAGGUGAACUUAGUGAAACACAAAACUGACCGAAAACAGUAUGUUAUAAAGAAGUUGAAUUUAACCACCUCUUCCAAGCGGGAGCGUCGCUCUGCAGAGCAGGAGGCGCAGCUCCUCUCCCAGCUGCGACACCCCAACAUUGUGACUUACAGGGAGUCUUGGGAAGGAGAUGACUAUCAGCUGUAUAUUGUGAUGGGUUUCUGUGAAGGAGGUGACCUCUACCACAGGCUCAAACAACAAAAAGGGGAACUGUUACCCGAGAGGCAGGUCGUGGAGUGGUUUGUCCAGAUAGCCAUGGCACUCCAGUACCUACAUGAGAGAAACAUUCUUCACCGGGACCUUAAAACACAGAAUAUCUUCCUGACGAAAACCAACAUCAUCAAAGUUGGGGAUCUUGGCAUUGCACGAGUGUUGGAGAACCAGAAUGAUAUGGCCAGCACACUCAUAGGGACGCCUUACUACAUGAGUCCAGAGCUCUUCUCUAAUAAACCCUAUAACCACAAGUCCGAUGUAUGGGCCCUGGGUUGCUGUGUGUAUGAGAUGUCCACACUGAAACAUGCCUUCAAUGCCAAGGACAUGAACUCACUGGUGUAUCGCAUUGUAGAGGGAAAGCUGCCACAGAUGCCCAGUAGGUAUGAUCCCCAGCUCGGAGAUUUGAUCAAGAGCAUGCUGUGUAAGAGACCCGAAGAGAGACCUGAUGUCAAGUUUAUCCUCCGACAGCCCUACAUAAAACGACAAAUUGCCAUGUUCCUUGAGGCCACCAAAGAAAAAACUGCUAAAUCAAGAAAGAAAGCUGUGGGUGGUAGUGGCGAUUGUAAGACCAACAGUGCAUCACCUGUGGUAUCGUGUAAGCCAAAACCUGAGAAGCAGCCUCCAAGUCCCCAGCCUGAACCUCUUGCCAGGGUAAAACGGAAAGAAGACAAAUCACAACAGCAAAAAGGCCGUAAUGGUUCCACAGACUGCACUCCACUCAACACACCUCCACCCCCGAAACCUUCUUCACCGGAUGCUCUCACAGCAUCCCUGGCAACUGUCAGCAACAUUAACAUUGAUAUCCAAUUGCAGCAGGAUGAUGACCCGGUGAAGAAACAGGUGCACAGGCCCCAGUCUGUUGUGUCUCAUCACCAGGUAGCUAAUGAACCUGCAACUCACUGUGUGUACAAAGACAGCAGAGGGAGAGGGAAACCAGAUCCUUCCCCCCCUCCUUCCCCUGUUAAGCCCCCUCUGAAGUCUGUAUCAGGUGUUUGCAGUAGGGGAGGAGAUGAAAAGACAGCAUCCAAUGGACUGCUAGACAUUCAUCCACAGGGCCCAUCAAACCCUGGGGAAACAUUUUGUGUCUUUGGGGAGAAACAGGUGUCAGAUGUGGAUGAGAAGGAUGACACCAUGGAGUUGCUUAAAGAUGCUGAUGCACAGAAUCCAACUCUACAAAAAAUUGAAGAGACUAUGGAAGAGAAUAUGGACAAUAAAAAUGACACGGUGACCCUUUUCAAGCAAGCUCCAGCAAAACACCUGCAUACCUCAGACGUCCAGGACAACCUGGAAUCAACUGAAAAGCUGUUAGAGCCAUUCCCUUCAACACCAGAGCCUGUUCAGAGGGAACCUCCCAUGCUAACCAGUAAGGCAGAUCGGGCUGCUGCACACCAAACUCCCCUGCACUUCUCAUCAGAACCUUUUGUAUCACAGCAACACAGAGAGAAGCACACAAGACGGACAAACUGGGACAAUGACAAGUCCAAGCUGGCUGCUCCAAGACCUUUACCUCUACCUCCUGUUGAGAGUUCAGCUGCAGAGGGGAAGAAGAGGAGCAGGAGGAGCACAGACAGCAGGAAAGCUGCCGUCACUGCAACCUCCACAUCAGUCGGUUCCAGCAAGGAUGGAUUCUUACCACUAUCGCAUGAUCGUCCUCUGUCUGCCAGAGAGAGAAGACGACUGAGGCAGUCCCAAGACAGUGCCAGCCAACCAGGUGUUAGUGCUGUACGAAGGGCAUCUUAUGAUGUCGCUGCCACCAAGGCUGAGCAGGACAAUACCCUAGUUACUCGAUCUGUUUCCGACUCGAUCACAGAGUGCAACAGUAAGCAGGAUAAGUUGCUGGAGCAAAGAUCUGAUGAAGAUGAGUGCAGCUCAUCUACAAGUUCCACAGAGCGUUCAGAGGGAGACUGCAGGGAAAGAAAGACUGAGUUGAACGACAUACAUGAUUUGGUCCACAUGAUGACUCAGACUUUAAGAAUGGAUGUUGGCGACGCUGUAAAUGAGGUGGAUAAGAGCAGAUUUGGUUCCACCGCACUGCCAGAAUUUAAACUGAACAGAAAGUACAGAGACACUCUGGUGCUUCAUGGAAAGGCUCGAGAGGAAGCAGAGAACUUGUCACUUGGUGAAAUACCAAUAGAAGGUUCCACAUCUGGUCCGGCCAAGAUAAGAAGAGCUAUAGAACAUCUGAGAACAGAUGUGGUAAAGGGCCUGGGAGUCAAGCUGUUGGACAGAGUGCUGGAAAUCAUGGAGGAGGAGGAUGAUGUUAAAAGAGAACUGUGCCUUCGUGACCAGAUGGGCGAUGAGAAGUACCAAACUUAUGCUGUGAUGGUGAGGCAGCUGAAGUUCUUUGAGGACAUUGCCUUCAAAGUGUAGAGAACACUGGACAUUAGGGAGCAUACACGUUUUCCACGGUACUAUUUGUGAAAACUUGCUUUGUUCAUAAGAGGCAUCCAUCUUGACAGGAGCAGCAAAACAGGACACUUUUGUCUUUGUGUGAAAAAGGAAAAACUGCUCAGAGAUGUGUUUGUUUCCUGUAAAAAGACCACCAUGGUUGUGUGGCACUUUCCUCCUGCCUGCAUGCAAGUUCUUAUUUUUGACUGCAGCUUUUGUCUUGGAAUCGUCACUGUCUACACUUGUACAGUCUAUUGUAUGUAAAUGUGUAAAGUUUUUUUUAAACUUCACUUCAGUAUAAGCAGACUGUGAAAUUAAUCCUACCAUUUUGAGAAUGCCUAUGCAAAGAACUUAAUCAUGUUAUAGCAAUCUGUGUCUUUCUACUUGUGUAGUAGAACAUUCUUAUUUAUAAUGCAAGCAGGAAUUUCAAUAAUUGUUUCACUUAUGUUGUAUCUUUAAAGAUCUCCCUUCUGCUGCUCUACUGUAUUUUCUUAUACACAAAGUAAUGUAAACUAGAUUGUAGAUAUUAACAUUUGAAUUAUUUCUAAUAAAUCCAAAAUGUACUUUUUGUUCACACCUAUUUUCUACAAUGCUUAAAACCACAAUAAAAUAUUUCACUGAUGGUCUCAAA